UGACCUCACUCGACCGCCCAUACCUCUGUCUGUGCUCUUCCGGAUACCUUAUCGUCUCCUUCCUUCCUCUGUAUAUCUACCCUUGCUUGUCCGCGCGAUCAACACCUGCUGCACGCCAGCUUAACCCUCACCCAAUCCUAUUGUGAACCCAUCAAUCAUGUCUGCUGUUGGCAAUGGCCAGGGCAGCUUGCAUACUCUCAUGAUGCGGUCCAGCACUCCCGCAUCGAAUGAGAAAGUCCUCUUAUACCUCGAAGGAUUGAACCAGAAUCCGCCUGAUGACGACAUGCGAAGCAGUCUCACCACUUCAGACGUCCUCCGCUCCCCCCGUUCCAAGAGCAAGGCCGCGAGCAGCGUCCGGCAGCUGGAGCAGUUGGCGGGAGACGAUGAGAAUGGUGGUGAAGACAUCAGGUCUGACGUCCAAGAGCAUGCAUCUGAGCUGGGCCGCACCAUACCCAUCCACACGACUGGCAUUCCUGACCACGAGCCUGGCCCUGGCGACCCCCCGGGUCCCAAAUUCGAAUCGUACGGGUCUUCAUUUGGUAACUUUGGACCCCUGCCCCGGGAGAGUUUCAACGGUAGGAACGGCAUUGCCAGUCCGUCCAAGGCUGCUGCCGUACCCCUCCCCGAGACGACCGUCGGGAGCCCAGGGUCACCCACAGAGAGCCAUCCCAAUCCGUUUUCGCAAUUUGGCAUGGCGCCUGUGACGACAACAGGCAUCGCUGGUGCGGCGUCGUAUGCAGGCGCGCCCAGCGGCGUCGGGUCUAGAAGUCGUCAUGUUACGUCCGCCAAAGCAUCUCAGAAGGCUCCUUCCGUCGCUGAGAAUGGGGUCGUCUCGCCAAAAGCCGCCUCGCGCGCACUUUCUCCCGCACGCACCGGCACGGCCGCGGGCGCAGCACCCGAGCGGCCGUGGUCGCCUCGGACCGCUGCUUCUCAGAACCAGUCUGUCAAGUCGCGGAACACUCAGAAGACCCAGCGCACGCAAUAUCCGCCCUUGCCGGAGUCUGUCCUCGAUGACGGCCAGCGGACCAAUAAGGCGUACUCCAUUGCCCCUUCCGAAUCUGCUUCACAGAUCGGGACAAGACGCCUGCGCCAGCAGCAACAGCUCCUGGAGCAGCAGCAGAGGGAGAGGGAAGAGGAGCAGAGGGAGCGCGAGCGCGAUCUGGAAAGACAGAGGCAAACUGCGCGCACGCCGUCCCAUAAACCGACGAAAUCGGUGAAGAGCACGACGGAAGUGAAUGGGCAUCAUGGUUCUGGUGGCACGGGGUACGCGAAGUCGCAGAGUGCCGCCCGGUCGCAAGCUCCGAUGUCGCCUCGAAGCCAGGCAAUGUCAGUGUCUCGCGAGCGCAGCGUCGCCCCUACUGAGGGCGCUCGGUCCGUCGCGCCGCCCAUGUCGCCCGCGCGAUCCAGACACACCGCGCACGAUCCCGAUACCACACCGACGCCAUCUCGCGCCGCCACGCCGGAGAACCCUCUCAGUGCCGAGGAGCAACGCCUCGUGCAAAGCGUGCUUGACGUCCCCCGGACACGUACCUCUUACGCCCUGUCGGCGAUGGCUCCCUCGGCUCUUGAGCCUGAGGUCCAGAACUCGCAUUUCCACGAUAUGGAGCUAUGUCAGUUGCUCCAUGCGUUAGACCAGCCCAUGGGUGAGCCCGUGAAGAAGGCGGUUCGGAAGGCUGUCAGGGCUCGUGUCAAAAAGCUUGGUAUGAAGUAUGACAACGAGUCCAUCAAAGCCUAUCGGAAAUCGUAUCAUGAUCAUGACCCCACCGUACAUCUCAUCCCCUUGCUGACGGGCGCCAGCUCGAAGCGCUCGGGUGUUGGUCCUGCGGGACAAGAGCCGCCGGAAUGGGCAAAGGAGCUUCUCCAAGGCUUCAUCAACAUGCAGAACCGCAUCGACGCCCUCGCACCCAAGAUCGAAAAGAGUCUGCGUUCUUCUCGCGGAGGCUCUUACGUAACAGAGCGCGCGAACUACUCGAACGGACACCAGCACUACGAGGGUUCUGAGAUGGACGGCGGAUACGAACAGAGCCAAAUGACGCAGGACAUCCACCAGCAUCAGACAGGCGACGAGUCCAUGUACGUGUCUGGCGAGGGGGAGAUGAUCCGGGAUUCAACACAUCUGCACACCCUCCCUGGUUCCAUGCACCACCACGACGGCUCCAUGCAUGGCGCGAUCAGGGAGGAGGACAUCUACGAGGACGAGGAGGAACACCACUUCGCAGAUACCGACGCCGACACGCGCGGACUAGACGUCGACUACGGCGGCCAGGAUCGCGAGAAUUCCCCCGGGCAACAGUACCUCGAGCAAGAGCUGUACAAGCUCCGGAUCAAGCCUACUGGGAGUCAGUCCGUAGCCACACACAAGACGUGGGAGCUCCAUAGGGAUGAUGGCGGGGAAUACGACGAGGAUGCCGACGCGCAAGCGGCCAUCACCGAGUCGGGUCUCCCUGAGAUCCCAGACGGCAACACGGGCGGGUAUACCGACCGCCGCGGCUCGCCUCCACUGCCGCCUAUCCCUGCUGACACGCAUGUCGAGAUGCUUCCCAUCGACCACGGGCAAGUAUGGCAGCAGAACGAGUACGGCAGCGAGCCGCGAAUGCUACCCCCCUGGCAGCGGAUCCACCAGCGUCUCUUAAGCUGGGCGAUCGUGUGGCCGAUGACCGAGCUCGACAACGCAGUCAACAGCUGCAGCCGCGGGAUGCAGGUCGACGAGAUUGCGCUGAGCAUCUGGUCGACGCAGACGUACAAGCGGUACGUGCGCGCGAAGAUGACCGACUCGCCGCCCGGGCGCGUCGACCGCCUGUUCGUGCCGCCGAAUAUGGCAGACGCGAUCAGUACCGCUGUGUACAACGGCCGGCACGGGGACGCCUGCGGGAUGCUGCGUGACCUUUGGGCGCCGUUCGGGCUGGAAGGCAUCCCGAGGUUACUGAUCGUGCUGGCGAAGCACCGGAACGACGACAACCACUGGGUUGUACAUCGCUUCUCUCUCCCUGAUGGUUCCCUGACCACCUACGAUACCUACCCCGAGCGAUGCUUGCCUGAUGGCCGUCCCCUUGGAUGGUGGUUCGCCAUCCGUAUUGCCUGGCCAGAUGCUAUCUAUCCCAGCCCCGAUCACUUAAUGCAAAAGAUGGUGCGCCUCCACCGUCCGAUGCAGCUCCCCAUAGAGAACUCCGUCGCCGCGGCUGGUAUCUGGCGCAACCUCUUGAUGGGCUCAAGAGCGGAGCGCAGCCUCGAUCUAGAGCGAUUACGUGAUCUGAUCAGCACUGAGGUGAAGAACCUCAGGCAGCGGAAGAUCAUGGGCAAAUUAUCUAUUGGCGCGCCCCGGCCUAAUUGGGAGGACAUGAACUGAGGUGCUCAGUGGGGCCCUCAGUCGGGUUCGUGCUCUACGUUCCAGACGACCUAACGACGACUACCUCACGACACGACGAAGUGGUUUCGAACGGUGUGCUUUGCUUUGGCUGCCAUCAUCCCACCCCAUCUGCUCUGCGAGUCGGGUUGUUGGACGGACUGUGAGAGAGGGAAGCGCGUCUCGUGUACAUUAUCUGUAAACCAUCGGCGCGCCGCUUCUCUUCCUCACGUCAUCUCAAUCAAUUGUUUAUUACUUCCUGCUUCCGGACCCCUUUCUCUCAUGCAACAAUGCUGGUUAUGAGCCCCUUCGUAUCCCGUGCUCACACCCCGAUCGUACCCGAACUCUGUUAUACCGCUUAUUGGAUCCCCAAAGAACGGUUAAACUUUACGUAGUGUCGCUUUCCAUAGACCACUGGCUCGCGGGCCCUUGUCAUACUCUGCAUGUACCUACUCCGCGUAUCGUAGUAACGAGAUGACGACUUGCUUCAUACCCC